CGCGCCCCGGGCUCUGCCGGCUUAAUUACUCCUUUACCUAUCAGCGCGUGCAGUGCACACUAAUCGGAACCUAUGUGAUGCAUUAACACCUUCAGGUAGCCUGUGUGUUAAGGAAGGUAGCUUACUCGCCUUUUUCGAAGUUUCGCUGGCGGUCUGAGCCGAAUGGAAAGACGAGCGAGAGAGGCAACGGCGUCAGCAACAGGGCACUGGCAAAUCAUCAGCGUGGACAAUUAUUGGCAAAGUAUCUCGAUCGUCUAGGGUUAGAAGUGCGACAAAAAACCCUGACGUUAUUACUCGAUUUUCAUCUCAUUGUUGUAAUCGUGUGGGGAUUUCUUACAUUUUUUGCGUCAUUAAAUGGAGCGGUGCAGGUGACGUUUGGACUGUUGCGUUCAAGAGGAGCUCGUAUCCAACACUAAAAGCCGGCGAGGAAAAUAUGUAUGGACGCUACACGCAGGAGCUGGGCGCCUAUGCCAAAGAAGAGGCAGCUCGGUUACGCGAGGAUGGAGCGCUGCGGAGGACCACCAGUGUGCGUGGCCAGGCCCCAGAACUGCAGGAGAAUGAGAAACACCCGUGUGCCAAGUGUCAAGUUUGUACGUCACGGUGUAAGAAGUUCCUGAUUUCCCGCAUGGGUGAAGACUGGAUUUUUCUCAUCCUCCUGGGGCUUCUCAUGGCAUUGGUCAGCUGGGCCAUGGACUACACUAUUGCCUUCUGCCAGCAAGCACAGAAGUGGAUGUAUCGUGGUCUGCACAGUAACAUGCUUCUGCAGUACCUGGCUUGGGUCACCUACCCCGUAGUUCUUAUCACCUUCUCUGCUGGCUUCACGCAGAUACUCGCACCACAGGCAGUGGGCUCCGGGAUCCCCGAGAUGAAGACCAUCCUCAGAGGUGUGGUGCUGAAGGAGUACCUUACUUUCAAAACCUUUGUCGCCAAAGUGAUCGGCUUAACUUGUGCCCUUGGUAGUGGCAUGCCUCUAGGCAAAGAGGGACCAUUUGUUCAUGUUGCCAGCCUGUGUGCUGCUCUGUUGAGCAAAUUCAUGGCCUUGUUUGGAGGAAUCUACAUGCUGAAGGAAGAGCCAUUUGAGGGAAACAAGAAUGAGCUAAGAAACACAGAGAUGCUGUCGGCGGCCUGUGCAGUGGGAGUGGGCUGUUGCUUUGCAGCUCCCAUUGGAGGAGUGCUGUUUAGUAUUGAGGUCACAUCUACGUUCUUUGCUGUGAGGAACUACUGGAGAGGAUUCUUCGCUGCAACCUUCAGUGCCUUUAUCUUCAGGGUGCUGGCGGUGUGGAAUAAGGAUGAGGAGACGAUCACGGCCCUCUUUAAAACCCGCUUUCGUCUGGACUUUCCUUUUGAUCUACAAGAACUUCCAGCUUUUGCUGUGCUUGGCAUUGCCAGUGGUUUCGGUGGGGCGUUGUAUGUUUACCUAAACAGGAUAAUUGUGGAAUCAAUGAGAAAACAGAAAACUAUCAACAAGUUUCUGCUUAAAAAAAGACUAGUGUAUCCUGCGAUGGUCACUCUGCUUAUAUCCACUCUUACCUUUCCUCCAGGAUUUGGCCAGUUCAUGGCCGGCCAGCUGACUCAACACGAGUCACUAGUGGCACUCUUUGAUAACCAGACCUGGUACAAGCAAGGUGUUGCUGAAGAGUUUGAGUACUCCAGUGACGUACCUCAGGCCUGGAGGCACCCUCAAAUCAGCGUCUUCAUCAUUCUCCUCCUCUUCAUCGUCAUGAAGUUCUGGAUGUCAGCUGUGGCCACAACAAUGCCUGUGCCUUGCGGGGCCUUCAUGCCAGUUUUCCUCAUUGGGGCUGCAUUCGGUCGACUGGUUGGUGAGAGCAUGGCUGCUUUUUUCCCUGAAGGGAUACACACUGACAGCACUGUAUAUCCCAUAGUUCCCGGCGGUUACGCAGUUGUAGGGGCGGCGGCUCUCUCCGGCGCAGUCACUCACACCGUGUCCACCGCUGUCAUCGUGUUUGAGCUGACCGGCCAAAUCUCGCACAUACUUCCCGUGAUGAUCGCGGUCAUACUGGCCAAUGCUGUGGCUCAGAGUCUCCAGCCUUCCCUUUACGACUCCAUCAUCAGGAUCCAGAAACUUCCAUACCUGCCGGAGCUGGGCUGGGGACAGGAGAAAUAUAAUAUUCGUGUGGAGGACAUAAUGGUGAGAGACGUGCGGCAUAUCACUCUCUCCUCCUCCUAUCGGGACCUGCAGGAAGCUCUCGUAACAGGCCAUCUUAAGACUCUUGCCCUGGUGGAGUCCAAAGAGUCCAUGAUCCUGCUGGGGUCUAUAGAGCGAUCACAGCUGCAGUCCCUGCUCACACAGCAGCUCGGCCGGGCCAGCAGGCUGAAGUACUUGAGGGAGCGCGCUCAGGACAACGGUACCCACGUGCCCACGUACCCCCAGGACUCUCCCCCAAAAACUAGCCGUGGCGUUCACUUCCUGAUCUCCACUGAAGAGUCCUCAUACAGCCCUACACUGACUAACUCUCAGAUCCCUCUCAAGUCUGCUCUGAAGACAGUUUCUCCAGUCAGCAACACAGAGUCGUUGAACAGCUCCCCAAAUAUGUCCUCCGAGGAAUCUGUAAAGGAGCUGGUUGAGAGCAAUGCUGGCCCCAUGUCUCCUAAGAGGAGCAGGAUGCCCAAGCGUGUGAAGAUUACCAUGGCGGACACUCCUGAUGUUGAAGAUGACAUGUCAACUGCAGAGAUAGCAGAAUGGGAAGAGCAACAGUUGGAUGAGGCUGUCAAUUUCAAUAAUUGUAAAAUAGACCCCGCCCCCUUUCAGCUAGUGGAGCGAACAUCUUUGCAUAAGACACACACCAUUUUCUCACUACUUGGCCUGGACCAUGCCUACGUCACCAGCACCGGACGUCUAGUAGGUGUGGUCUCUUUGAAGGAGUUGCGUAAGGCUAUCGAGGGCUCUGUAACGGUGACUGGAGUGAAAGUCCGCCCCCCGCUGGCCAGUUUCCGUGACAGCGGCAACAGCAGCAGCGUUUCAGAAGUGACCGAGCUUCACAAGCUCUGGAGUCGUCACAAGAGCCUUUCGUUGCCACGGGAACCCAACCUCCCCGACCUAGAGGACCAAGUAGAGCAGCAGUCUGAAGCCAGCCUGGUGAAUGAGACAGAGUGCACAGAGCUGUCCAGUCAGAACAGCCCCUCACAUACAGAUAACCAAUCAGAGCUACCCUACGCCGAGACCACGCCCCAAGAUGAGCAUCUACCUAAGCUCCCCUAUGACUGUACCCACCCACUUCAGGACGCCUCGGAGCCAGUCAGUGACCAUUGUCAGACCCAGAUCGAGGAUCCUUUGAGUAAGGAAAGCCCGUCACACUCAGAGGGUCAAGCGAAAUGACAGCAGGUUGCGGUUGGUAAUGCACACUCCAUUUAUACCAUAAACCAGAUUGUCAAGUCAGGGUGAGAAGAUUUUGGAGGGAGCCAUUAAACAGUAAAGCACACCGUCUGUUCUUUACUUAUCAAACCGAAAAUUGUUGGUCCUGCCCUCAAUAAAACACGCCCUGUGUGUUUGUGGACUGUCAUAGAUACACACUGCAGUAUGUUUCUUUUCAUGUUAGUAGGAUUUAUGUCAGGAAAGUGUAAAGUUUAUGUUUGAGAAUAUCACAACAUCAGGGAUGUCAACAAAGAUUUUAUGGUGUAUCCUUCUCACUUGGCCACCUUUAAAAAAUGUAUCCAACCCCUUGAAUUUUAGAGACGGCCCUGUGAACAUUUAGUGCUUGUGGAAUGAUUUAAUGUAUUUUAAUCACAAACUUUUGUCAAUGCUGAUUUGUGGCUUCGUAGCGCAUUUCUGUGUCAGUGCACAAGUGUGUUUUGUCUUUGCGUAAGUGAUGGAGAGUGUGCGUAAGGAUGGCAGAGUGUGCGCGAGAGUGACUCAGCUGCACCUAGCCAACGCACCCAUCUGGUGCCGACACUUUAAAUCCAAAUAAAAUUGUCUCUGCGAGCGAAACUACAAUUUUGCUCUAAAUAUAGCCCUUAAUAACCCAGACUGCAAGGAAACAUGGGGGGUGGGGAGAGAAAACCAAUGGGUGGGCAACACAGAAGUCAUGGAACGAACAAGUAUGAGAGCAUGAGAUCGAAAAGAUGAUGUGAAAAUGAAGAGAGAUUUUUUGUGUCACACCGGUUUUAAAUCAGGACAGUUUUGAAGCACAUUGUAAUUAUCAUUCGGAUAAUACAUACAGUAGCGAUACACAAACCCUUUACCAUUCUGAAAUGCAUUUGUUGAGCACAUGGUUUGGUCGGUGUUGCCUGUAAUUAUGAGUAAUGAUAGCCCAAGCUACAUGUAGACAUGUUAAGCAUGCUCAGAUCUGCAUCAGAUUCAGGACCAGCGUGCCUGGCUAUUUCAAAUAUAUCAAAGCAUCUGAAAAUAUCUGCUGUGGAGAGCCCUUUUUAAUGUUUUAUGAUACGCAUGCACCCCAAUGCAGUCAUUUGCAUGAGCACAAACGAUGCACAUCUAAAUAAAUAAAAAUGCUAAGAUAAAUUCAGCCUAUAAAAUGAUCGCACAGGGUUUUUUUAUGUGUUUGCUACUCCACCGGAUUUAAUUAUGUGGCCUUAGGGAAUUCUAACUAUAUUUUUUUAGGCCAGUUUUGUUGAUCCUGGAUUAAAGGGAUAGUUCACCCAAAAACAAAAUUUGCUGUUUAUUUACUCACCCUCGGGCCGUUUGAUAUGUUAAUGACAUUUUUCUUCAGUAGAACAAUAAAGAAGAUAUUUUGCAGAAACCGCAGUGCUCUGUGAUCCAUAUAAUGUAAGUAAACGGUUACAGGCACUUUGAAGGGAUAGUUCACCCAAAAAUGUAAAAUCUGUCAUCAUGUUGUUCUAAACCAUAGACUGUAAAAAAAGAUGGAUGUAGUGUCCAUGACGUCACUCACUGGUUUCUGAAGAUCGUUUUUGAAGCUUAAAGUAGGUGGUGCCUGCCGUCGCCAUCUUGGCAGCGCAUCACUCGCGGAUAUCCGAAUAUGGGUAAAAAAAAAAGGGGGACGUGGGUAGACGCCGAAGCCGCCGCCAUUUGCACCAUUUAGAAGUUCAGCGCCGCCAGCCAAUAAUUUUCUAAGCCAAAUUGAGCCGCCAGCUGAUAAAGUUUGGCUGAGCCGGCUAGAAUUAUUUGCGUCAAAUAAUAAUGCUAUCACACAGAGACAUACACACACGAAAUAUACAAACAAUACACAAGAUCUAUUUUCCGACUGGUUUUAUAACAGCACAGUCUUGUGCUCGCUCGUUGCUACGAUACACAGAGGCUGUUUCUCAAUCCAAAGGUUGCAGCAUUCAUCAUCAAGCCUGGUUUAUUUAAGUUAAUUGAGCAUAACAUUCGCAAGCCAUACACAUAUUACAACAAUUUACGAUUAACUAAGAAUAAGAAUAAUCUUUAUAAUUGUUUAUAUUUUGAAAUAAGACAGUCUUGAUGACGUAUGCAGCGUAAAAAUGCGACCUCCGGAGGCUGCAGUCUUCGGAUUGGGAAACGGCCAGAGACUUACAGUGAAAUACAGAAUGUAAUAAAAAUUGGUCGUUUUCCGUACAGAAGAAGCGAUGCAUUUUUUUUUUUCUUGCACUGAUGUGAAAUGGCGGAAAGAAGCAAGCAAGGUAAUUUCAAGAUCUCAUUUCUCACAUACUUUCCUAAUUCCUACUUCCUUUUUUUUUACUAAGACCUACCCAGACUUUAAAUCUUCAGGGCAUGGUUGCCCAAACACCUGAUUCAAAGAUUGAUGUUAUGAAUCAAAUACUUCUUUUGGAGCAUGCAUCUAGCAGCCAGUCGAUGAAUUGCAGUUUAAAUCACUUCCGUAUUGGCUUCAUCAGAGAGAUCGAAAGGUUGCCCCUCUUUCUAAACCUGUAUGAAUUUCUUUUUCUGAUGAACACAAAAGAAGACAUUUUGAUAAAUGAUGGUAAGCACACAGCGGAUUGUAACCAUUGACUUCCAUAUUAGGAAAACAAAAACAAGUAUUGUGAUAAAUGAUGAAGAAGAUAUUUUGAUAAAUGAUGAAGAUUUUUGAUAAAUGAUGGUAAGCACACAUUUGAAGGAACCCAUUAAAUUCAAUCGUAUUUGUUUUUCCUACUAUGGAAGUCAGUGGUGUUUGUGUUCAUCAGAAAAAGAAAUUCAUACAUAUAGGUUUAGAACAGCAUGAGAAUGAGAAAAUUAUGACAGGAUUUUAGGGUGAACUGUCCCUUUAAGAGUUCAAAAAGCAGAUAAAUCCUGGUAGCUCAUUGACGUCUUGUGAAGCCAAUUGAUACUCUUUUUUUUUUGCAAGAAAUUGACAUUAUUUAACACAUUAUUAGCGUUAAUUCAGAGGCUCUGCCAAACAUCAUGUCACCAAAGUCACCAACAUAUCGGAUGGCCUGAGGUUGAGUUAAUAAACAGCUAAUUAUUUUUUUAUGUACACUAUCCAUUUAAAGAAGCCGUAGCUUGAUACUUUUGCAUGCUGUGCUCACACACACAUUGCACACGACCACAUCAAUGCAAAUCAGAAAAAUUGAGUGUAGAUUGAGUGGUGAGGUUUUAGAUUGUGUUAGAUCUGCUAAGUCUGCAUAAACCAGCCUUUGUAUAAAUAUCAUUGUUGUUACAUGCAGGGACACUUUGUGGUUACUGUGCAGAUCUCAUCCAGUAAAAUCAUAAUGUAAUUCAUUACAAUGAUAGAUAUUCUGUGUAUCUAAUUUGUUUUUAUUUUAGAAAUGUAAAGCUUUUUAUUUUUGAGCUGUCAAUGUGCAAUAAUGUUAUAUCUUUAGGAUUAAUGCUUGCCAAAUAUGAUUAUUUUACCGAGCACUAGCUUUAUUUCUACAGUGGCUAUUACUGAAUUUAUUUUCACAUUAUGGAUAAUAUGUAUGCAUACGGACAAGCACGAGUAGGAAGCCUCUUUACCCUUUUUUUGUUUUUAAAAUGCCUUUAACAAUGCUUUAACAAUAUCUAACAGCCUUACAUGCUAAAACCUGAGAAUGUUUUUUUAUAAACUGUUUGCAUCAAAACUGUGGUUGAAUGAUGCUAUGCAGUACAGUCAAGAACAGCACAAGUACCCCAUACACAGCAUUAGCAAAGCUAAACUUAAAUUUCGUCUUUGUGCACCGCAGGAAUAGGGGGUAAGGGUUUGAUUUAAAUGGAUCAAGACAAGUGGACCAAAACCAUAACCAUUGCACUCGACUUCCUGACACAGCUAUUUCACAGCCGCUCUUUCAGAAAUGCCUGCUUGAGGUUUCUGCGAGUUAUCGCAGCAGCCAACUGUAACCUUCAUUUAUCUGGACUUAUUCAGCUGUUUUAUGAACAUUUCUCAGAAUGCAGAUCCACAUAAAGCCGGGACAACAGGAAUAAUUUAAGCUAAUAUUGUUAUUUAGAUAUGUCAUGUUUUGUCUAUGUUUGCUGCUUGUGCAUUUUGAAUCAAGCCCAUGAUGUGUAAAUUGUUUGCUGAUAUGCCACACAUUCAGUGUAGUUAAGCAAUAAGUCUGCUCCCAUAUCCUUUAAUGGUUUUUAUAGAUCAUUUGCUUGUACAGAAUACAGGGUAAAACGGUAUGUACAGUAUAUAAACUACUCACAUACCCUGUACAUAUAGAGAUAAGCAUAAUGAAUCAGCUGUUACCAUUAUUUUUCAGAAAACAUGAACUUGUUUUGUACAUCAGUAAAUAUUAAAUUUCAACUUUAAAGAUUGUUUUUGUCCUCUGUUUCAUGUGGAAAAUAUUGUCUUGGAAUGCAGAAGAUCUGUGUCGAAUAGUUACAAUUCAAAGCGUAUGCUUUGCUUUUCAGUAAAAAUUUCUGAAAUGGCCUUAAAAUAGGAUCUGCUUGAGAUGCCUUGUUGCAUAAGAGAAUUUCCAGCAAGCAAUUUGGUGUUGAAAAGAUGCCUGAUAGAUAUCUGGGCUGUGGAUGGACGGCUAAGCUAAAAAGGGAAAUUUAAAGGGAUAGGUAACCCAAAAAGUACAUUUCUGCCAUCAUUUACUCACUCUCAUUUUGUUACAAACCUGUAUACAUUUUUUUGUUCUAGUGAACACGAAGGAAGAUAUUUUGAGGAAUGUUUGUAACCAAGCUGAUCAG